GGGGUGUGUCUUUAUUCGACUAGGGAGGAAAAUGGUGGAACGUAGAGACGGACAGCUUCAGUAGACAGAAGGAUACCAACAAUUUUAUCUCUGCCUCAAGAGUGUCUGUGUUGACCUUAACGUGGCAGAAGAAAAGCAGCAGUGAUGGCUGAUGCAGGACAGAUCAAGAAAACUGCAGCCAAGGUGUUGUGCUGCGUGGAAAAGGUGUCCUCCUUCGCCUCCUCCAUUGACCCCAUCUUUGGCAUCGUUUCCUCUCUGGUCGGGGUUGCUCGCAAGGGCCUGAUGGACGAGGAGGGCCAUGCUCUGGAUAAGGACUUCCAGGCGAUCCACACCAAACUGGAGAGCAUCUCCCAAAAGAACCAGCAAUGCCUGAGACAAAUCCGCAUUGACGAGGUGAACGAAACCUACGGCAAGUACGAGGAGUACAUCAAGCACCAGUACACUGCCUUCAACAGCAUGGUGGCGCAGAUGAAGAAAGAUCCGGAUAACACAAAACGCUACAUGGAGACCUUCGAGAAGAUUUAUGAGAGAGACAAGAGUGACAUGAGCCUGGAUGUGUACUACCGCGGUGUGAUGGGUAUCAACUUGCUGUUUGGAAGACCCUUGCUGAAGGUGUACCUGGAUAACUGUGAUGGCAACCGUGAGAUCAUGGAGCGCCGCUGUUCACACAUCACUCACCUGUUCCACAUGGGUCUCAUCGCCCUCAUGGCCUACACAGCAGUUACAGAGGAUGACGAAGAUGAGGUGCGAGAGAAGUGGGCCAAGAGGGUGGAGGAUAUCCAGAUGAAGAUGCAGGAGGUGCUCAGUCAGUGCAAAGACAAAAACCCCUCCUGAACAUAGACCAGCAGAGAGUGGAUGUCUGCUAGGUUUGGAGGGGAACAGUACCAAAAUGUAUACUCUCAGCUGUGGACCAAUGAGAAAAGACAAAUCAUGUUAUAAUAUAAAUAUACAUAUACAUAUAAUGUAUAACAGAAGCCAUAUUCUCCUUUGUUUGUGCUUUUGAGCUCCACAUGAUAUUGUUAUUGCAGCAAUUUGGUUAUUAUAUCGACAUUAUAUGUUAUUGUUGUUGAAAGAGACCACUACGUUUCUGCUGUUAUGUGUGACAUGCCAAUAAAUGUGGAAGUUUUAUACAAUC